AUGGCCGAGAACUGCAACCACCUGCAACUCCCGGGCGUUGCUCCCCAGCGCCAUGUGCCAGCCUUCUACCGCAGCCUCGACAACGAAGAGCUCUUGCACAAGAUCAGAGACCUGGACGAUCCGACCGAUUUCCAGCGCCUUCAAGCCCAGGUCCUGCUGCCCACGAGCCGCAACUUCUUCGUCGACUUCGGCGAUGACGGUGCCUGGUGUGCUUUCGAUCUCAGCGACGAUGCCUUGAAGGCGCUGGUGAGCAAGCCCCGGCCCUCGGCCCUUUAUGGCAGAUGGAUCAACAUCUGGAUGCCUUACCGGCAGAAAGACGCCAUCAAGACCCUUGCCAAACAAUACGACUUCUCGCCCCGCCUCUUUGGUAUCAUGAAAUCAGAUCCUUUCCCCAAUGCCUCUAGACAUCCGGAUUCAAAGCACAGCUCGUCCCUGUGGGAACGCAAGUUCCGUCAUCCGGUGCAGCGCUCUCGGAAUUCGCCACACAGCGCCGCCAACAGCUUUACCUCGGGAACCGACCCGGAAGGCCAUUCGCGCUCCCACAUAUCCGAUGGUACCUUUGAUGAAGACCUGUCCGAAAUGAUCAGUCACUACCGCCUUGUCGAUGAAGUAUGGCAUUGGUCCACUGUUGACGAAGGACGCCGCUACGUGAGCUUGGGCUACAACACCCUGCACAGCACGACCGGAAGCAAAGACGCAUCAAAACCCCUCGAGCCAAAGCCCAUAGAUCCGGAACGUGGCGAUCUUCCCGAAGGAAAACGUGUAUGGAAUUGGCUGGUGCUGUGCGAAGACAAGACUGUCAUCAACAUCCACGAAGAUCCCUACCCUCAAAAGCACGGCUUCUACGACCACGAGGAGCUUGCCACGCUGUACUCAAUCCGCCGCAACCUCCUCAACGUCUUCCGCAACCUUUCCAAAUGCUUUGAUAUUAGCCGUGUCGCCGCCAUUGCCGUGCUGCCCAUCCGGCGCCGUAUCGGCGACAGCGAGGAAGAACGCGCCCACCGGCCGAGCGAUGCGCCAGGCCUCCUUUUCUACAACUUAUUCGAUGAUUGGUACUCGACGUACAGCCUGGUGGCGCGGCGCGAGCACAAGUAUGCCGCCGCGCUGGACCGGCUGCGCGCCGACAUGAUGCAGAAGGCAGAGCUGGUGCAUGUCGAGCACCUGCACCGCAUCGGUCGUCAGCUGUCGGUGCUGAAGCGCAUGUACCAGAGCUACGAGGUCAUCAUCGACCGCGUGCUCGAGAAGCAGGAGAGUACCCUGGCCAGCCUGAAGAACUCGCACAUCCUCUCGCCCAUGAACGACGACAGCAUGGUUGAUGACGGAUCCUACUGCGCCAGCAGCAAUGUGCACCAGAUAGGCGAGGAUGUGAGCAUGCUGGGUGUGGCCCUGAGCUCGGCUGCGAGAGCGAGGUUCAAGCGGCUGAAGUACCGGACCAGGCUGUAUGCAAUCAGCGAGAUUGAGGAGUGCCUCAGCCAGAAAGAAAGCCUAGUCAUGAUGAACUUCAACCUUAUCGCCAUCAAAGAGUCGCUCUCGGUCGAGCGGCUGACGCGGGUGACGCUGCUGCUCUCCAAGGCGACGCUCCUCUUCAUGCCCGUCUCCAUCAUGGCGGCCUACUUCUCCUGCCAGUUCGCCAACACGGAGUUCACCGUCGCCCAGUUCUGGACCUGGUUCGGCAUCGUGGUCGGCGUCAGCAUCGUCUGCAUCUUCAUGUUCAGCGUCGUGUCGGGCACCAUGGAAGGCAAGAUGCUGUAUCGCAGCUUCACUCGCGCCGUCAUGGAUUUCACGCGGGCGUGGUGGGGUAGGAGGAAGCACGCAAAGGCGAGCAGGGGGAAUGGCGCGAAUGGUGGGGGUGGCGGGGAAGGAGGGGGGAGCGGGAUAGGGUCCGAGGAGGAGAUGAAGGCGCUUUGA